UUCAUGACCAACAAAGAAGAGUAGGGAAACCCUGCUGCAAUAUAGCGGUAUAUAAAGCCCUCAAUUCCCAUUCCCUUUCCUCUAGUGCAAAAACCUGUGUCUCUCCUCUCUAAAAACAGUGGCAAGAUAUAUAAUUUAGAAGUGAAAGAUGGGUAUGGUCGUGGUGAUCUCUUUGCCUUUGAUAAUCUUUUGCCUGCUUCUUGGUUUUGGAUGUUACUACUUGGGGAGGUACAAGGGAAGACAAGAUACCCGUACAAAUGCUCAGGUAUUUGGAGAUCCUAUUCCACCACCUGGUUUUGCUAGUACGCCACCUCCUCCACCUCAUACCAAGCCAGACAACUUGCACAGUGUUUAGGCUGACUUUUUUUUUUUUGGUUUUGAUUUGUUUUCCACUGUCUUAUAUGGGGGUAUAGAGAGUGAUGGUUUAUGCUGUUGAGAUGUAUGGUGUGGUUUUUAGCAUUAUUUCGUGUGUGAAUUUUGAGGUGAAAAAUUGGCCCAAUUGAACUGUGUAAUUAUACGGGUUGGCUGUUGUAUAUUGUUUUUCUCUCCUCA